AUGUCGAGCGAGAACCAGGCCGGUGCCGCUGCCCCGGAGCAGCUGGUAACCUCUGUGAAGAACAUGAGCGUAAAAGAAAAGCCUGAGAAAAAGUCCAAGGGUGGAAAUGUCACGACUGGGCCCCUCGAAGUGCGUUACAACGAGGCUCUAACAACAGUUCGAACCACGCCCCGCUCACGUAUUGACAUGUUUGAGCGCGUCAAGGCGGAGCAAGAUGCUGCUCGUGCAGCAGCUGAGAGGAGUCCUAUCGUGAUCACGAUGCCUGAUGGCUCGACACGCGAGGGCACGAAGUGGGAGACGUCGCCCAUGGAUGUCGCUAGGCAAAUUUCCAAGAGCCUCAGUGAGCGAGUCGUGAUUUCGAAGGUGAAUGGCCAGUUGUGGGAUUUGGAACGUCCUCUGGAGGAUAAUGUGACUUUGGAGCUGCUCGAUUUUGAGCACCCGGAGGGCAAGCGUGUGUUCUGGCACUCGUCGGCGCACGUUUUAGGUGAGGCGGCUGAACGCCACUAUGGCUGCCACCUGUGCAUUGGUCCGCCAACAGAUGACGGAUUCUACUACGAGAUGGGUAUGGGCGACAGUGGUGAUCGUGUCGUCAAAUCAGAGGACUUUGAUCCGCUGGAGAAGCUCAUGAACCUCGCGGUAAAGGAGAAGCAGCCUUUUGAACGUGUGGUGAUGACCAAGGAGCAGCUCUUGGAAAUGUUCAAGUACAACAAGUACAAGGUGCACAUCAUCAACUCCAAGAUUCCUGACGGUACCUCGACGACUGUCUAUCGCUGCGGUCCAAUGAUUGACUUGUGUGUGGGACCGCACAUUCCUCAUACAGGCCGUAUCAAGGCGCUGACUGUGUUGAAAAACUCGGCUUCCUACUUCCUGGGUGACCAGAAGAACGACUCGCUGCAGCGCCUAUAUGGUAUUUCGUUCCCCGACAAGAAGCAGAUGACCGAGUACAAGCAUUUUUUGGCCGAGGCUGCGAAGCGCGACCACCGACGAAUUGGCAAGGAGCAAGAGCUGUUCAUGUUUCACGAGCUGAGCCCAGGCAGUUGCUUCUGGCUGCCGCACGGUGCACGCAUCUACAACACGCUCCAGGAGUUCAUUAAAAGCGAGUACCGCAAGCGUGGCUUUGACGAGGUGAUCAGCCCGAACAUGUAUAAUUCGAAAUUGUGGGAGACGUCGGGUCACUGGGCCAACUACAAAGACGACAUGUUUACGCUGCAGGUGGACAAGGAGACGUUUGCAUUGAAGCCGAUGAACUGCCCUGGCCACUGUCUCAUGUUCGGGAGUCGCGACCGCUCAUACAAGGAGCUGCCGAUGCGCUUUGCCGACUUUGGCGUGAUCCACCGCAACGAGGCGAGUGGUGCACUGAGUGGUCUGACGCGAGUGCGGCGCUUCGUGCAGGACGAUGCGCACAUCUUCUGCCGGGCUGAGCAGAUCGAAUCAGAGAUGAUCAACUGCUUCGACUUUCUGCAGACCGUGUACGGCCACUUUGGCUUCUCGUUUAAGAUGGAGCUGUCGACGCGCCCUGAAAAGUUCCUGGGUGAUAUUGCCACCUGGGACGCAGCUGAGCAGCGCCUUGCGGCUGCCCUGGACAAGUUCGUGCCGGGUAAAUGGGAGCUGAACCCUGGUGAUGGUGCCUUCUAUGGUCCCAAGAUUGAUAUCACCAUUAGUGAUGCUAUGCGCCGCCAGCACCAGUGUGCUACGAUCCAACUCGACUUUCAACUGCCGCAACGCUUCAACCUGGAGUACAAGACGCCGCAGGGCGCUGCGGAGGCAGAGAAGCACACCGAGCGUCCCGUCAUGAUUCAUCGUGCGGUCGUUGGCAGUCUGGAGCGCUUCAUUGCCAUUCUAAUUGAGAACUUUGCGGGUAAAUGGCCUUUCUGGCUCUCGCCUCGCCAGGUACUUGUCGUGCCUGUGACGCAGAGCGUGUACGACUAUGCGCAGGAAGUGACAGGUCUACUGUGGGACCAGGGCUUCUUUGCGGAUGCCGACCUGUCGGACAACACGCUGAACAAGAAGAUCCGCAAUGGCGAGCUCGCGCAGUACAACUUUGUGUUUGUCGUGGGCCACGAGGAGAAGGCUACCCGCAGUGUCAAUGUGCGCAACCGUGACAAUGACCCGAAUGUCGCCAAGGGCAAGACCGAUACGAUUGCACUGGACGUGGUGCUUGGCAAGCUGCAGCAGCUCAAGGCGACCCGUGCUCUCGCGAAUCAGCUUCCGUAG